AGCCACGUGGACGAAAUUCAAACUAUAUAAACCCCUCCACGCGAAAAACACACACUUAAAAAAUCUCUCUCUCUCUCUCUAGAUCUCUCUCUCUCUCAUCCCUCUGUUGAUUGUAAUUCUCCUUUGCUUCGAAUUCCUCAAUGGAAAAUUCAACCCGGACCCGGUGCUCCGUUCUCGUAAUCGGAGCCGGUAUUUCUGGAAUAACGGCGGCGAAGGUACUGGCGGAGAACGGAGUGGACGACUUUGUGAUACUAGAGGCGGCUGAGAGAAUAGGGGGAAGGAUAAAGAAGGAAGAGUUCGGCGGCGUGACGGUGGAGCUCGGCGCCGGUUGGAUCGCCGGCGUGGGAGGGAAGGAGGUGAACCCGGUCUGGGAACUGGCGCGUGAGUGUAACCUCCGCACUUGUUUCUCCGACUACAGCAACGCUCGUUACAACAUAUACGACGAUAAUGGGAAGAUAUUUCCGAGCGGCGUAGCGUCGGACUCCUACAACAAGGCGGUGGAAUCGGCUAUCCAGAAGCUGCGUAACCAAGUAUCCAAUCCCAACGCCAAUGAAACGCCGUUAGCUCCGAAGAGUCCAAUCGACCUCGCAAUUGACUUCAUUCUUCAUGAUUUCGAAAUGGCAGAGGUGGAACCGAUUUCAACUUUCGUUGAUUUUGGAGAGAAGGAAUUUCUGGUCGCCGAUGAAAGAGGAUACGAGCAUUUCCUGUAUAAAAUGGCGGAAUCCUUCCUUUCUUCCUCGUAUGGUAAAAUCACUGACAGCAGGUUGAAGCUCAACCAGAUUAUUCGGGAAUUGCAUCACUCGAGAAAUGGUAUAACCGUAAAAACAGAAGAUGGUUGUAUUUACGAAGCCGAUUACAUUAUUUUAUCCGUAAGCAUUGGUGUUCUUCAAAGCCAACUCAUCUCCUUCUCACCGCCUUUACCCAGAUGGAAAACAGAGGCUAUAUCGAAUAUCGAUAUAAUGGUGUACACAAAAGUCUUCCUAAAAUUUCCCCGUAAAUUUUGGCCGUGUGGAGCUGAUAAAGAGUUCUUCAUUUACGCCCAUGAACGACGAGGGUACUACACAUUUUGGCAGCACAUGGAGAAUGCAUACCGGGGGUCAAAUAUCCUUGUUGUUACAUUGACUAACGGAGAAUCGAAACGAAUCGAAGCACAAUCGGAUCAAGAAACCAUGAGUGAAGCAAUGGAAGUACUUAGAAAAAUGUUCGGCCCUGAUAUUCCCGAUGCCCUCGAUAUACUCGUACCGCGGUGGUGGAACAAUCGCUUCCAAUGUGGUAGCUAUAGUAAUUAUCCCAUCUACUUAAAUCAUCAACUCAUCGAUGAUAUAAAGGCGCCGGUCGGGCGGAUAUUUUUCGCGGGAGAACAUACGAGCGAGAAAUUCAAUGGAUACGUGCAUGGUGCUUACCUUUCGGGGAUCGAUACUAGUAAAGCUUUAGUCGAAGAAAUGAGGAGUGAGAAAGAGAGGAAAGUCGAAAGUCAACCCUGUUUUCUAGAAACUUCUGGAAAUCUCUUUAUUAGUCACCGCAGUAAGCUGGGAUUUUCCGAGGCUUGUUGAUCACUAGACGCGCGUGUGUGUGUGUGUGUGUAUUUAAUUAGCUGCUAACUGUAAUUUUUAGAGCAAUACAUUGUUCUCUAAUUCUUGCACUUACAUUUGUUUGGAAAUAAAUAAAAUGUCUGGUUUGGUUUUGUUGUCCAUUCUCAAACGGACUCUCUUCAUAUGUGGAAUAC